AUUUUGCGAUUUUUGGAUUCGUGGGAUUGAACGACCCUCUGCACUCAGACGACAAUACACACUCCAUCUCAACGAGAUCUCGACGACAUACUCUUAAUUGCUCACUGAGGGAUUGCUGAUUUGGUCAGUCCUCCUCAGAACCGCAAUCAUGGGUAUCUCACGAGACAGCCGCCACAAGCGGUCUGCCACCGGUGCGAAGCGCGCAUACUACCGCAAGAAGAGAGCAUUCGAAAAGGGCCGCCAACCCGCCAACACACGUAUCGGCGCCAAACGCAUCCACCUUGUCCGCACCCGGGGCGGCAACACCAAAUACCGCGCCCUGCGCCUGGAGAGCGGCAACUUCUCUUGGGGCAGCGAGGGCAUCGCCCGCAAGGUCCGCGUCAUUGUCGUGGCCUACCACCCGUCCAACAACGAACUCGUCCGCACAAACACCCUCACCAAGUCCGCCGUGGUGCAGAUCGACGCGGCCCCCUUCAGAACCUGGUACGAAGCGCAUUACGGCACGAACAUCGGGCGGAAGCGAACACAGCAGACCAAGGCUGCGGGCGCCGGGGCCGCGGCGGCCGAGGGGGGUGCCGGGGAGGCCAAGGUCAGCAGGAGCGUGCAGGCGAAGCGGGAGGAGCGGUUGAAGAAGAGCGGCAAGAUCGAGCCCGCGUUGGAGAGACAGUUCGAGGCCGGUCGGCUCUACGCCGUCAUCAGCUCUCGGCCCGGCCAGAGCGGGAGAGUGGACGGCUACGUCCUGGAGGGUGACGAGUUGGCGUUCUACCAGAGAGCCAUCAGAAAGUGAUGCAAAAGAUACUCUACCGGAGGUGCAAACAUCGUGGGCGUAGGAAAAUACGGGGUUGGUUGCACUCUGCAAAGGGGGUUGCUUCUCCGUGGAAGGGGGGAGGGUCCUUGUUCUGGUGCGGAACGUGGCAAAAGACGAGUCCCAAGUCCCGUGGACAGGCAGCCGACUUUUGACAGGGCGAUUUGUGUCUUGACGAUUACGAAGAUGGAGGGUUCUGUCGUGGCACUAAGCUUAGAUCAUGUUUGCUCGACUCUUGCUUCUAGCCUAUCAACAUCCUUGAUGGUAUCAAGGUCUCACUUGCCCCCGCGCAGGACGACUUGUUGACAGAGGGAGAAGAAAAAUGCAAAACAAAAGUGAGGAACCAACGGCUAGAAUUCAAUUUCAAUCAUAUUGAAAAAGUCCUGCAGCAGCAGUCUGUCUUGUUCAAGAGCUCGAAUUGGUGUUUUGAAACCAUCCGCAAAGCCCUUGGGAAUUCCUAUCACCAAGCUUUCAUGUACCGUUCAAUGUGAAGGUGGACAUUUGCUUCUGAUUCUCAUUUGGCCGACAAUGUCUGCUUGACAAGAAGUCAAUUCUCCUGUUCACUUCGAUCCAAGAAAGUCAUUCCAAAUGGAUUUUCCUUAGGCUCAUGGCAACUGGGCAUGGGCCAUAAAAUCGCAUCCGU